GUUUCUCCAGUCAGAUAACUCCCUAGCUUAUUGGUUUUUCCCUAAGAAAGGAUGGUGGCUCCAAGAAGCAGCAUGGCCUCAGCCACCGCCAGCCACCCCCCUCUCAACUCCCGCAAGCUCCUGCGGCGUGCCAUCCUCAACCGCGCGUUUGCCCUUGCUUACGCUUGUGCCAUCCUGGCCCUCUUCUAUCACCAUGUGAAAACUCUCCUCCGCCCUGCCACCGCAGCCAACGCCAUCGCUGCGCUCUUUCUAUUGCUUGCCGACGUGGUCCUUGCCUUCAUGUGGAGCACCACCCAGUCCUUCCGGCUGUACCCGACCCGCAACGAGGAGUUCCCAGAGAACCUUGAGAAGGUGGUGGGAGGGACCGGGGGCUUCCCGGCGUUGGACGUGUUCAUAUGCACGGCGGACCCCUACAAGGAGCCGCCUAUGGGGGUGGUGAACACUGCACUGUCGGUGAUGGCGUAUGAGUACCCGGUGGAGAAGUUAUCGGUGUACGUCUCGGACGACGGCGGGUCAGAGCUGACGCUAUUUGCAUUCAUGGAGGCGACGAGGUUCGCCGGCCACUGGCUGCCGUUUUGCAGGGAGAGGAAUUUGGUGGAGCGCAGCCCGGAGGCUUAUUUUGCGUCCAGUCAUCGUGACGGCACUGAAAUCGAUAAGAUUAAGAUGAUGUACGAGAGCAUGAAGAUGCGGGUCGAGCAUGUGGUAGAAAGAGGGAAAGUUGGGGAAGAGUACAUCAUCGGAGAUCGCGAGCGUCGAGCUCUCAACAUGUGGACGGAUGAGUUCACCCGCCAAAAUCAUCCUGCGGUCAUCGAGGUUUUGCUAGACAACAACAGGGAUAGAGACAUUACAGGAAAUGUGAUGCCCAAUCUCAUCUACCUCUCAAGAGAGAAGAGCCAGAACGCGCCCCACUAUUUUAAGGCUGGUGCCCUCAAUGCCCUGCUGCGUGUUUCGGCCAUCAUGACCAAUGCGCCCAUAAUCCUGACCUUGGAUUGUGACAUGUGCUCGAACGACCCCAAAACGCCUCACCGAGCACUGUGUUACUUAGCUGACCCCUUGAUAGACCAGUCCCAACUUGGAUACGUUCAAUUCCCUCAACGCUACCAAGGGAUCAAUAAAGGUGACAUAUACUGUGGUGAUUUCAAGCGCCUAUUCCAAAUCAACCCGAUCGGAAUGAAGAAUGGACCGAGUUAUGUCGGGACCGGGUGCUUUUUCCGGCGGCGGAGCUUGUUUGGCCCUCCUUCAGCUAUUGUGCAAUCGGAGAUUCCAGAAUUGAGUCCCGAACACUCUCCAAAUGGUUUGAUUCGUUCGGAAAGGAUGUUGGCAUUGGCACAAAAUGUGGCAGGAUGCAAGUAUGAGCACAAUACAAACUGGGGCCACAAGGUGGGCUUCAGAUACGGGUCACUUGUGGAGGAUUACUACACGGGCUACAAGCUUCAAUGCGAGGGAUGGAGGUCGGCCUUUUGCCACCCGGAGAGGGCAGCGUUUCUUGGGGACGCACCGAUUUGCCUCAUCGACGUCCUCAACCAGACCAAGAGAUGGGCCAUUGGGCUUCUCGAGGUGGGCUUUUGCAAGUUCAGCCCGGUCACGUACGGAAUCCAGUCCAUGGGCCUCCUCAUGGGCCUCUCCUAUGCGCACUACGCGUUCUGGUCCAUGUGGUCCAUCCCCAUCACCAUCUAUGCCUUCCUCCCUCAGAUUGCUCUUAUCAAUGGACUCUCCAUCUUCCCCAAGGUCUCGGAACCAUGGUUCCUCCUAUACAUUUUCCUCUUCCUCGGAGCCUAUGCCCAAGACCUGGCCGACUUCGUCCUAGCUGGCCACAACAGCACCCUCCGGCGGUGGUGGAACGACCAGCGGAUGUACCUGAUACGCGGCAUGACGUGCUACGUGUUCGGCACCAUUGAGUACACGCUCAAGUCCCUAGGCAUUGCCGCGCACGGGUUCAACCUCACAAGCAAGGUCCUUGAUGACGAGCAGAGCAAGAAGUACGAGCAAGGGGUUUUCGAGUUCGGGGCCGUGUCGCCAAUGUUCAUGGUGCUGGGGGCGGCGGCGAUCAUCAAUUUGGUAUCCCUUGUGCAGGGUCUGAUAAUGACCGUCGUGAGGAGGAGCGUCGGCGGAGACGCAGAAGGGUUGGUGUUGCAGAUACUGUUGGCCGGUUUCGGAGUUGUGAAUGGUUGGCCGAUUUACGAAGCCAUGUUCAUAAGGAGCGACAAGGGGAGGAUGCCCACCAAGGUUACGUUGGUCUCGGCAUUUGUAGCGUCUCUUCUUUAUACUGCAGUUUCUCUUGCAUGAAAGAUUAGGGGGACAUGUAUGGUUCUGCUUAAGAUUAUUUCUUGUCGGGCAGAGUAUAUCCAUCAUAGAUAUCUAGGUUGGCACUUUUCAUAUUGAGAAAUAACUCUAUAUAUGUUGAAUCAAAUUUUACUCUACUGUCAUCAGCUGGUCUUUCUUA